GGACGAGGUCGACAACGCACGAUGACGGUCAUAUCAAAUAUCAUGGCGAAGCCGAGGACACUGCGGACGUGAGGAGACAAAACUUGUGAAGUUCUUACAAUUCUUGUGACUUUUAACUGUAUGCAAUAUAUAUUAUUAGAAACAUUUUUAAUGUUCAAAAAUGGAGGACUCAAUAUCCAUGAGUAGUCCAGGACUUAUUGCUAAAUUAGCAAGCUCUGUCGGAGCAUCGGAAGCUGCUCUUCGACUUCUUAUUUCAAUUUUUCUAGGUUUCCCAAUUGUGCUGACUCACAGGUACACUCUUUUUGGAAAACUUCCGAAUAUUCAACAUUUGUACUUUGCUUUAACUGGAUUAGCGAUAAACUACUUCAACUAUGGAUCUGAUAUUCUACACACUGUGGUGACAGUGGUAAUUGUCUACAUAGUUCUUCUCGUAUUUCAAAAUUCGUAUCGUGGGCCGAUAAUUGUGCUAUCAUUCACAAUGGCUUAUUUGCUCAUAGGAUAUUAUAUGACUGCAACCGAUACCUACGAUAUAAAAUGGACAAUGCCACAAUGUGUCCUGACGUUGCGUUUGUCGGGAUUAGCGUUUGAUUUAUAUGAUGGAACAUUGCCUACGAUUUUGUAUUUCGUUCGUGAAAUCGUUGAGGAGUUGAAAAUGCUUAUGAUUUUAUUUGAUUUACAGGAGCUUUCUUUCAUAACCCGUUGCGCCGUUCUUGCAAUUUGGGGACAUCUGGCUUUAUAUAAAUAUAUUUCUGUAUGGCUACUUGUGGAAGCUGUGUGUAUCGCCUCAGGAAUAACCUACAAUGGAAAGGAUGAUAAAGGCAACACAAAGUGGAAUGGCCUUUCCAACAUAAAUCUGAUAUUGUUCGAAGGAACUACUCUGUUCGGUCAUUAUAUUGAAGCAUUCAAUAUAAACACUAAUCAUUGGGUUGCUCAAUACAUUUACAAGAGAUUGAAGUUCCUUGGCAACAGGCAGCUAUCUCAACUUGGUGUACUGGUUUUCCUUGCCGUCUGGCAUGGUCUCCACUCUGGAUAUUACAUGUGCUUUUUCUUGGAGUUCAUAUGUAUGAUUAUGGAGAAAGAUCUACAGCCAAUACUGCAGCGCAACGGAGUUGUUCUCGAGUUUCUCCGCAAACCUGGAAUGAAGCAAUUGACUUGGUUGGCUCUGAAGGUCUACACUCUGGUUUUCAUGGGCUACUGUAUGGCACCCUUUGUAUUGCUCUCUUACCAUAAAUGGUGGCAAGUCCAUAAGAGCUUCUACUUCAUGGGACACAUCUUAUGGAUGCCAUGGUACUUGUACCGUCCAAUUGUCAAGAAACUGUUGCCACCCAAAGAACAUACAAGCUAAAGGCUGAUCCAAUCAACGAGGUAAAGCAAUUAGAAUAACAUCGAAUGGAGAUGUAUCUUUCAAUAAUCUCCACAGUCUUUCAGAUAGUUUAUCAACUAAAUUCAUGUGGAAACUUAUAAUUCAGAUUCAAAAUCUGAGGAACAAAAUAUCACAGUAUAAUAUAAUAUUAAACGAGGAAUGAAUAUCAAAAUUAUUCAAUUAAGCACUUCAUCUUUGGUAAAUCUUAUUAGCAUUAAUAGUUGUUAUUGGAGAGAAAAUGAAUUAAGCCUGAUGUUGUGAGACGUUUGCUGAGUGAGAUACUGACUAAGACUUAUUCAAUCUUGAAACAUUUUUCCUGACAUAUUAAUUCAAACUCUGAACCUCAUACUCAUAUCUAAUGCUUUAUUCAUUCUUUCAAGUAUAUCAAUAAUAGGAUUACGGUAUUCGUUAUUACAUAUAAUUUCAACUAUUGUACUAUCAUCUUCAAAACUUUUUUUUAAUUUCCAUUUCCGCUUCACUUCAUAAUAUCUUCACAUUCACGUUAUCACUGCAAUAAUAAUUAUUCUCUGUGAGAGUAAUUUAUACUAUCAUAGAAUAAGCAUACAAGAAUUGUAAGUUUGAAUUUGUAACGUUUUUUAUGAUACUAGCUUCUUAGUUUUUUCUCUUCUUCAUAUAUUUAUGAAUAUUGGAAUCAUUCAUAACUUUAAAUAGAUUUCUGUCAUACUUAAUUUUCCAUAAGCUUUCUAGGAUUAUGUACUUUUCUUUAAUGAAUUGUAAUUUUGCUCAUAUAGUUUUAUCUCCAUAGUCCUUACAUUCGUAUAAUACAAUCAUCGAUUACAAAUUUGAUUGGGUUAUCAUGAAUCCCAACAUUAUAUUUACGGAAAACUAUAUUUUUUUAAUAGUACAUUUAAAAAACAUUCAAUAUUUACGUAUUUAUAUAUCACUAUUAUUAAAACAAGCAAUAUUUAGCAUGAUAUUCAUAUAUUUUAUGUAGUAAUUUUAGUAUAUUUUUGUUCACGCUAUGAAAUAUAUUUUAAACACUCUUUAAGCACUCUACUAUAGAAGUUCGAUAAUCGUAAUGAAGGAUAACAAUUCUUGUCAUAUCUAGAUAUGAUAGAAGACUAUACCUAGAGAUCAACAAUAAAUUAUAGUCUAGAAUAAUAGAAUUUAAUGUAAAUUAAAUUUUAAUUAUAGGCUUUUGGUCAAUUUACUAGUAAUGGUGAUCGAAAGGAACCAUGUAUCUAAUCUAGACUAGUCAGUCAUUAUUGUCAAAAAAUUACUUGGAAGUCCAGAGUACUACUUUGACAUUACAUCUUCAAGUAUGAUCUCUUUUUCUUGCACUUUUUACCUAAUUUUUAAUAAUUAAAGUUUAUCAAGUGUUUCAUUCAAGAUCAGCUUCACUGUAUUUAUAUGGCACAAAACUACUAUUUGAUAUUAUUUUAUGUAUUUUAUCACAAGUCAAUAACAUUCCUUCAAAAGAAAUGUUUUAUAAAAGCAAAUUGUCAAAUAAAUUAUCAUUUCUUUUUUAUCCUUUUCAUAUACCAAUAAAAAUAAUUUAUUAAAACCUUGA